CGCCGAGACCGCCGCCGCUGCCGGGAAGAGAUGGGAAAGUGAGAUAGGGACGCGCCGAGGAACUGGGAGAAAAUGACCGUCUUGCUUCCGAUUUCCAUCUGCCAAGGGAUCCAGCACCGACGCCGCUUCGAGCUGCCCGCAUAAAGGAGAAGAUUGGUGUCAGACAUUUGCAAACCUGGAUGGCAGCUCUAGUCUGAACAGGAACAUCCAGCAGCCCUGCCACUGAAUAAGAAAACAAGAGAGCUAAAAAGUUGUCACGUUCAUUGUGCACGCUGAUUCCCAUUGAACCAGGAUUACCAUUACAUUCACUGAACAGUGAUAAGAGACUAUCAACUCAAUAAUCAGCUAAAUAUAUCCACACCUUUGGCCUUGAGAACUUACACUCUGAAGUCUUGCAGUCAGCUCUGUUCCUUUUAUUUAGCAGAAGAUGUAUGGCAGUGCCCGCUCUGUUGGCAGAGGGGAUGCCAACCACAGCGUAGGGAGAGAUGGGGGCAGUAGCAGCAAUCAGGGAUCCGGCCGUUCCCCUCGCCUUCCUCGCUCUCCUCGGAUGGGUCACCGUCGCACCAACAGCACUGGAGGCAGCGGAGGAGGUCCUGGAGGAGCAGGGGGUAAGACCCUUUCUAUGGAGAACAUCCAGUCCCUCAAUGCAGCAUAUGCCACCUCGGGACCAAUGUACCUGAGUGACAACGAGGUUGCCAUUGCAGCCGACCACCUCCCUAAAAGUGGCGGGACAAUGACAACGAUGGGAAGGCAGAGGGUGACAUAUGGUUCAAGGGGCAGCAGCAGUGGUGGUGUGGCAGCCAGUACCCCCAACAUUGCCACCUCAGUUCCCACCAACGCUGUGCUGCCUGCUGGCAUGAUAGCAGGCGAUGCCCUGGCUUUUGGGGAUCAUCACAUGGCCUCCACUGUGCCCCAUUCUCUGAGACAGGCCAGGGACAACACCAUACUAGAUCUACAGGCCCAACUCAAAGAGGUCCUGCGUGAGAAUGAGUUGCUGCGGCGGGAAGUGGAGGUGAAGGAGAGCAAGCUGAGCUCCUCCAUGAAUUCCAUCAAGACCUUCUGGAGCCCUGAACUGAAAAAGGAGCGAGCCCUUCGGAAAGAUGAGGUCUCCAAGAUCACUGUGUGGAAGGAACAGUACCGUGUAAUUCAAGAUGAAACACAGCACCUCCAGAUGACUCUGCAGGCCCUUCAGGAUGAGUUAAGGAUUCAGAGGGACCUGAAUCAGCUGUUCCAGCAGGACCCUGCCAGCCAGGGCCAUGACCUGACCCUUACCUCUGAACCCACUGAGGAGAACUACAGGCGGCUGCACGUUGAGCACGAGCGGCAGGCCAAAGAGCUGUUCCUCCUGAGGAAGACUCUGGAGGAAAUGGAGCUGAGGAUCGACACUCAAAAGCAAACGCUGGGGGCCAGGGAUGAAUCCAUCAAGAAGCUGCUGGAGAUGUUGCAGAGCAAAGGACCCUCUGCCAAGGCCUCAGAGGAGGACCAGGAGCGGACCAGGAGACUGGCUGACGCAGAGAUGCACAGGCACCACCUUGAGAGUUUGCUGGACCAGAGAGACAGAGAGAUUGGUGCUCUAAGAGAGGAGCUGCACCGCCGCUACGAAGGAACCCCUGAGUCCACCAAAACGAAGGCUCUACAGACUGUUAUCGACAUGAAAGAUGCUAAAAUCAACUCGAUGGAGCGCAGUCUGAGGGACAUGGAGGAGGAGCUGCUGAUGCUGAAGUCCAACGGUCUGCUGAGCUGCGAGGAGCGUCAGGAGGAGAUGAAGCAGAUGGAGGUCUACCGCAGCCAUACAAAGUUCAUGAAGAACAAGAUGGAGCAGGUAAAGCAGGACCUGUCAAGGAAGGACACUGAGAUGCUCGGUCUUCAGACCAAGCUGGAGACACUCACCAACCAGUUUUCAGAUAGCAAGCAGCACAUCGAAGUCCUCAAAGAAUCCCUAACAGCCAAGGAACAACGAGCAGCCAUCUUACAGACAGAGGUGGAUGCCCUGCGCCUGCGGCUGGAGGAAAAGGAGGCAACCCUGAAUAAGAAGAGCAAACAGAUCCAGGAAAUGUCAGAGGAGAAGGGCACACUCAAUGGGGAAAUCCACGACCUCAAGGAUAUGCUUGAGGUCAAGGAGCGCAAGGUUAAUGUGCUGCAGAAGAAGAUAGAGAAUCUACAGGAGCAGCUGAGGGACAAGGAAAAGCAGAUGAGCAGCUUGAAGGAGAGAGUCAAGUCUCUCCAGGCAGACACCUCCAACACUGACACUGCUCUUACCACACUGGAAGAGUCUCUCGCGGAGAAGGAGCGGAUCAUUGAACGCCUGAAGGAGCAGCGAGACAGAGACGACCGGGAGAGGACAGAGGAGCUUGACUUGAGCAAGAAAGAGCUGAAGGAGUUGAAGGAGAGACUGAGCACACUACAGGGAGACCUGUCAGACAGGGAGACCUCUCUACUGGACCUUAAGGAGCAUGCCUCCUCACUGGCCUCCUCAGGGCUGAAGAAAGACUCCAAGCUAAAGAGUCUGGAGAUUGCUCUGGAGCAGAAAAGGGAGGAGUGCCUCAAACUGGAGAACCAACUCAAGAGGGCUCAGACCGCUGCUCUAGAGGCUCAGGCCAACACCGAGUUGGCUGAGCGCAUCAGUACCCUAGAGCAGGAAGUGGCCCGCCACAAAGAGGAUUCUGGUAAAGCACAGGCCGAAGUAGACCGCCUGCUGGAGAUCCUCCGAGAGAUGGAGAAUGAGAAGAACGACAAGGACAAGAAGAUCAAUGAGCUGGAGAGGCAGAUGAAGGACCAGACGAAGAAAGUGGCAUCUCUUAAGCACAAGGAGCAGGUGGAGAAGAGCAGAAAUGCUCGACUGAUGGAGGAAGCCCGGAAGAGGGAGGAUAACAUGUCUGAGAACUCCCAACAAGUCAAGGACACCCUGCGUCAGAAGACUGAGCGCAUCGAGGAGCUGGAGGAGGCCCUUAGGGAGAGUGUUCAGAUCACCGCCGAAAGAGAGAUGGUGCUGGCACAGGAAGAGGCUGCCAGGUCACUCCAGGAAAAGCAGAUGGAGGAGCUGCUGGGAGCUAUGGAGAAGGUGAAGCAGGAGCUGGAGUCCAUGAGGGCCAAACUGUCUUCCACACAGCAGUCUUUGUGUGAGAAAGAGGCCCACCUCACCACUCUGCGAGCUGAGCGCCGGAAACACCUAGAGGAGGUGCUGGAGAUGAAACAGGAGGCGCUGUUGGCCGCGAUUAGCGAAAAGGAUGCUAACAUUGCUCUACUGGAGCUGUCCUCCUCUAAGAAGAAGAAAACCCAAGAUGAAGUGGCUCUGCUGAAGCGAGAAAAAGACAGGCUGGUGCAACAGCUCAAACAGCAGACUCAAAACCGAAUGAAACUGAUGGCAGACAACUACGAGGAUGACCAUCUGAAGACCACCCCUGACCAAACCAAUCAUAAACCCUCUCCAGAUCAGAUGAUCCCCCCUCUCCUAGCCCUGUCACAGAACCGUAGUAAGCUCAAGCUCUACAUCGCACACCUGACUGACCUCUGCCACGACCGCGACCCCAGCAUCCUCAGUCAGCUCACGCCACCCUCUCACUACCAUCACAGCGACCCCCCGGCCUGGGAGGAGGAGCUUCAAAAGAUGACUCUCGAACAACUGGAACGAGAGCUGGAGGUGUGUGAGAGGGAGAGUGGAGAGCUGCAGGAGUACGCCAACUCGGUGCUGCAGCAGAUCGCCGACUACUGCCCUGAUAUCCUGGAGCAGGUGGUCAACGCCCUGGAGGAGUCAUGCUGACCUCUGAUCCGGCCCGUCCAACCCGUUCUCUUCAGACAAAAGCUCAGUGUAGCCCAGGCGCUCUUUAUCAGACCACCACAUGGACAGGCCCUUUUAAAAGGGAAAGGGGGAGGGGGGUACAUCAUCUGGUGUCCGGCAUCCCUGAGCUCUUACUCCACUUCCUCUUCCUCAUCCUUUAAUCCAGGAGACAUUUUACUUUUCUGUCUCAUGUAUCUCUAGAUAACGUGACUCCGCCUAGUUGCCCUCAGGUCAAGUAAAAUCUCAUGAUCCACACACCUCAUCAGGUCUUCUUCUUCCCCUUUAUUCUUAUUUUUAGUUCAUCAUUCAUUAUGCACGUAGGGAAGGAAACUUUUUGGAGGAAGGGGGAGCCUCAGUAUCCUGAGGAGAAUGGAGAGUAACUGUGCUCAGUGGGUGAGUCUCGGAGACAUGUAGUAGAUGCUUGUUUUGAUUUUUUUUUUUUUUUUGGGACAGUGUUUUCCAAAGUAGUUGUUAGGGACCAGUGGCUGUUCGUUGCCAAGUUACACACUAGCAGCUUCAGACUGGCUAGAACUACAGCGACUGGUGUCCGUUCGUUCGACCACUUGGAAAUCACCGCUUUAAACCAAAAACCUGCGCAUGUUCUGCAUAAAGUACGUGUCACAACUGAGAGUUUUGGACCUGUCCUUUAGCCAGGAUUAGAUUCUGGGUGGGUUUUAUCACAUAUGUUGGGGGGUUUGGUACAUGCAUUAUAAGGGGGGUUGAGUGAGGCGUUCUAGCAGUGGAUCCUGGUCUGAACUUUGACAGAAGUCAGAAGGAAGGCUUUAUUUAUGCACUAUGUUCUCAAGUUAGGAUGAGAGACAGAGAGACAGAGGGUUUUAUUCAUGGACAAUGUUUGAUUUUUUUUUAACGGUUUUGCACACAAUGUCCACUUGUUUUUGAGGUAUGCAAUGUUGUUUCUUUCAGAACGUUCUAGUGGCCUUGGAGCAUGCACAGAGAUCAGUACUGGACCUAAUGCAGAGGUGUUAUUUCUCUGUACCACUGGUGCUAAGGCAUGAUGUAAGCAUUUUGAUCUGACCCACUAACUUUCAGUCUCAUCUACAGACAUUUCUACAGACGUCACAUGUAGCCCAGGUAGUUAUUGUUUCGACUGAAUCUCUGACAAAUGCAAGUGAUGCCCCUCUCUUGUAUUUUUCACAUCACUUAUAAAAUGCAAGGGAUGUCAGUUUCUUGUAUUUUUUUUUAAAUCUUCAGGGCUGAGAUUUUUGAUUACCGUAUUGGCGCACCACAUUCACACGAAGUGAAAAUCACUUUCCCGCAGAUCUUGACUUUUUAGAUCAGUUUGUAUAUAAGUCGAUAAUAAACGCGUACAGUGACUGAGUACAGGUCAGUUUAGUGGAAGAUGUUGUGCGUUCUUUAAAAAAUUCUGAAAAGUUAAAAGCAGUGCAGUGGUCGUCUGUGUGUGUUUAAUUUUGUCUUUGAGACAAAAUGUGUGUGACAGUACUGCCAUAACUUUCAGAAAGUCAUGCUCUAUAGAUAUA